AAAUAUCUAAUCACAUUAGUAAAAGAAUUACGAAAAAUGUCAAACUUCCAUGGGAUUCGCUUAUUAAAAUUGUUUGUUCAGAAAAUUUUAUGGAUUCAGCUUUAGUAAAGAACUUUACUAUUAUGUACCUUAAAAAGGCUUAUGAUCGUCUAAAUGAAAAGCUCUUUCAAAACUCAAGAGCCGAACUUGCAGAUUUGGAAACAAAAGAG